UAAAUAAUUUCACAAUGCAAAAAUUGUCAGAAUUAGAAUGCUCAUGUUUUAUAAACGUUAAGGAUUUUCGUGUUAUGUUGUGAGUAUCUUGAAGGUCUCUUGAGAUUCAUAGAUGAGUUAAUGGAGGGAAAUGAAUAGGCCUGGUCGUAUUAAUAUCGAUAAAAAAUUUUAGUUGGCCAUUGUUUUUAGUUUUUGUUUACUUCCUUUGAUUGUCGUGUGAAUUCAAAUAUAGGUUAUAUAUAUAAGAUGGUGUAGCUGACAGAAGACAGGAAAUGGCAACAGCUGAUACUCAAUCGGCAAAGCCUCGAAGCAGUCGCCGGAGACUUCACAACCCGCAGGUGGAAAAUGACUUUGCCCCAGGAGAUGGGGAACCCCCAGCGAGACCCCCUCCCCUGCAGAGAUCUCGCUCUCUCAAAGAGAGACCAACGAAGCAGUUGGACUUUUAUCAAGCCAUGUCAGACUUUAAAUUGAUGUUUCCAACAAUGGAUACUGAUGUUAUUGAGGCCGUAUUGAGAUCCAACGAUGGUGCUGUAGAUGACACUAUAGAUCAGUUGCUGACUAUGAGUAUUGACUCCGAUGAUAGAGAUUUUGUCGAUAUACCUCCAGAGCUUAUUUCUCCUGUGGAUGCGGGUUGCCCGACAUACCAUGAGAAACGAACGGAAGAUUCUCCACCCUCAUACACUGAAGCUGUCCAAUCAAAUAACUCCAGCAGUAUAUGGACCACCCCCAUCACACAAGCAACGAGUAAAUCCUCUCCCACCCUACCAAAGAGGAGCCCUAUAAGAUCAAAUUCAACCUCAACCCCAAAGACUCACAGUCAUAGCAGAUCAUCUUCCCAUCAUCACAGUAGGUCAUCUCACCAUCAUCACCAUCGAAGAAGCCACCGAAGUCGCCACAGCGAAGACAUGGUGGAUUCUCUAGCUCUGUCGAAUACGGAACCAAAGCGUCCCAUCCCCAGCUCCCCAAUCAGUCGCAGAGCUUCAGGAAAGAGUGGCGGCUUCCGUAACUGGAAUCCCCCCAUGCUCGGAACACUUCCAGACGACUUUCUAAGAUUAACUGUGCCAAAGUCUCCGGACCCACUGUCAUUGGACGGAUUUCUACCGCUACAGAACAGCUCGGAACGAACGCACCACAACAUUAGUAGUAGAAAAAACAGGCACACUGAGAGACUGUCAAACAGUAGCAGUGAGCACAAGAAGAAGAUCUCGCGGAGUCGCAGUGAGCGAGCUCCGGAGAGACCCAAGUGGUCCCAUGGAGGAGACCACUUUCCAAUGGUGCGUGCUCCUCAUGGACAAGUUCAGAAUAUAUCCCCAGGGAUGUCCAAGUCACUGAUUAUCUCUUCACAUGAAUUCAGUCAAGAUAUGCUGGAUGAAAAGUUAAAAGAAAACGAGCGUCGAAGAAGAAAGGCAGUGAAAAAUGUUGAUCUUGAAAUGUCCCAGUAUUUGGAGGACGAAAGACUCGCAAUAGCUUUACAGAACAGUGAAUUUUUACAAGAACUCAGAGGAAAUGAAGACUUUAUGAAAACUUUGGAGAAGGAUCGAAAGGAUAUGGCAACUUUUGAACCUACUGUACUUCCUGCAAUGCAACCUACAGAAACAAUAGCAUCCAAUGGUUAUGGAGAUGACCGUCAGUCCCACUUGGAGCCGUUUCCUUUCACCCCGCCCACCCCCAAACAAGGGGAUGACGACGCAGAACUACGGAGACAGCUCAACCACAUGGGAGGAGCAUCAAAGAAACAGUUUAUGGCUCUGGCAAAGAAGUUUUUCACCAGAAAAAAGAAGAAAAUGACACUGAAACAAAUUCAGAAGGAGAAGCUGGCCCCCUCCAUGAUCAAUCUACUGGACAGCGAUGAAGAGGACUUUGUUCCCGAUGAACCUGUAAAUCCAUAUGACCAAAAGACGGAGAUUGAACCUCUGCCUGAUAGUUUGUUGAGGAUACCCAAUGAGCGGUCAUCUGAUCGACUAAAGACGGGUAACAUGCCAAUCUACCACGACAACAAAGCCACAGACUUUAUAUAAUCCACCGCGAUAAGAAAGCCACCGACUUCAUAUAAUCCACCGCAAUAACGAGGCCAUAGACUAUGAUAAUCACCGCACGACAACAAAGCCACAAACGUCAUAUAAUCCCUGGCCCCUCAUCAGAUAGGAUGGUCAUUGUGUAAGUGUGGAGUGCCAGUAUUAAGUGGUGAUACAUCAGGCCAGUCAUCAAUAGAGACUGUUUAUAUUCAGGGUAUUUUGAAUCCUCUCUCAGACUGAUAAAAAGCAAUUAAUGCCAAUAUAAAACUGUGAACAUUAAUAAUACAAAGCAAUACAAUUUUCUCCCUCACGAAACAAAGGGUUUCAUUUUAGUCGAGAAGAACAGAAUGAUUUUUACUCCAAAGUGAACUUUAAAUAUGUGCAACUUUUUCAAAAUUUUUUUUAGAAAUUCAUAUGUUGAUUAUAUAAAGCUACGGUAUGUGAAAGAUUUUGUUCUUUUUAUCUUUUAAUAUGUCAUUCAUGUUUCUCCCCUCGUGUUUAUUUCAUGUUGAAAAUCAAGCUAGAUUAAGUGUCUCAUGUUUUAUACUCAGUGGUAUCAAUGAUACAUGUUUUUUAAGUCCAUGUACAAUGUAUUUACAGAUGUGAGUUCUUAAUAUAUAUAUACAUAUAUGACAUACAUGUAUAUUUUGUUGUGUGAUAGAUCCAUGUAUAAAUAUAUAAUUAUAUAACGUUUAGAAAUUGUUAAUUGGAGAGGAGAAAUUCAGACAAGUAAAAUACUUGUAAGAAGGAAUCAGAAUGUUUAAGGAAAUGAAAUAUACACGCUUCACCUAUUAAUGCAUGUAUUAUGUAUAUUUUGUGGAUUUUUUACAUGGAGAAGUACAUUUAAGAUACUGUCAAAGAGACCAUUUAACUUCUCGCCGCAUGUAUUAAAUCAUUAUAUUUGGUACAUGUAUGUGAAAAUAUUUGUGGUUUUUAUCAGCAGUGUUUUAGUGCCAGUGAAAUUAAAGUCAGUAUUACACAUGUAUCAUCUAUGUGCUUUAAGUUGAAUCAAUAUUUUAAAGGCUUU